AUGAAGUACUCUUCCGAGUGGCGACGCUUCAUCGAACGUCUUGGAAGAUGGAUCGACUUUGACAACGACUACAAGUCCAUGGACGUGACCUUUAUGGAGUCAUGUUGGUGGGUAUUCAAGCAGCUCUACGACAAAGACCAAGUCUACCGCGCUUAUCAGAUCAUGCCGUUUUCCACAGCCCUGUGCACGCCGCUCAGCAAAAUGGGGGCGAAGCAGAACGAAAAGUUAACCCUUGAUCCAGCUGUCGUUGUCUUGUUCCCUUUGGUCGACCUUCCCGAGCAUGAAAACACAUCGCUGCCCAUCUACACUACUACCCCGUGGACUCUCCCCUCCAACAUGCUCAUCGCGCUUAACCCUUCUUUCGAACGAGAAAUAGGACAGCACUACAUCAUUCUAGAGACCCUCCUCUCGACACUGUACAAGGACCUGAAGAAAGCGAAAUACAAGGUAGUCGCCAAGAUCGCCGGCAGUGACAUGAUCGGAUGGAAGUAUGAGCCAUUGUUUAGAUACUUUGCCAAAGCGUAUUCUGACUGCUUUCGAGUCAUCGGGGCCGAGUACUUCACCAAGCCCCGGCCUUUGGCCAAGAAGACUACGACGCCGCCAUCGCGGCUGGUUUUCUUUGGUCCUGAACGCCUGCCGCCCUGUCCCGUUGACGACAAGGGCUGUUUCACCAGUCAAGUUGCCGAGUACGCCGGUCAGCACGUCAAUACUGCCGACCGCGCCAUCAUCAAAGACCUGCGGUCGACUGAGAGGCUCCUCGUCGAGCGAAACAUCACCCACACAGACAAGUUUUGCUGGAGAUCCGACACUCAGCUGAUCAGGAAAGCUGUCUCGUCUUGGUUCAUCAGGGUGGCAAAUGACACCGACGCCAUGCUCAAGAAUUUGGACGAAACCAAAUGGCGCUUUGCCAAUUGGGUUGCAAAUGCUCACGACUGGAACGUCUCGAGGAAUAGAUACUGGGGUACUCCUAUCCCCUUAUGGGUCAGCGAGGACUACGAUGAGGUCGUCUGCGUAGGCAGCGUUGAAGAGCUGCGGCGUUUGAGUGGCUACGAUGGGCCUCUGGAUGAUAUGCACCGCGACAAUGUGGACGGAUCACGAUACCUUCAAGCAAAGGCAAAGGCGAUCUUCGGCGGAUCGACAAGAUUUUCGACUGCUGGUAGGUUUGAAUCCGGAUGUAUGCCGUAUGCCUCGAAUCAUCACCCCUUCAAGAACAAAGAGCAGUUCGAGCAUCAAUCUUUCCCCGCCGACUUGAUCGCUGAGGGCCUCGACCAGACGCGUGGGUGGUUCUACACGCUGUCUGUGCUGGGAAACAAGCUUUUUGGCACCUCUCCAUUCCGCAACUGCAUAGUCAACGGUCUAGUGCUGAAGACGGCAAAAAAAUAUCCGAAUUUGGUCAUUAACAAAUACGGUCCGGACGCCCUGAGGCUUUACCUCAUUAAUUUCCCAGUCGUAAGAGGGAAGCCGUUGCGGUUUAAAGAGGCCGGUGUGAAGGACAUUGUAUCACGAGUUCUCCUUCCUCUGUGGAACAGCUAUCGUUUCUUCGCGGAACAAGCUGCCCUCUUCAACAAGACAUAA